CCACAGUCGCUGAACUUGAGUUGAUGUUGUGUGUGGUGAACACGGACCUCCCGGUGAGGUGAGGUGGGAGGAAGCUUGUUGCGCCUCUCUCCGCGGCUCGUGCGCAGAACCAUGAUGGACACAAGCUGGACGCUGUCUCUCUGCGGCGCGCGAGGACGAAUGAAUGAACCGGUUCGAUUUUAGGAGAGUUUAAAAAAGAAGACGAAAGCUACUUUUCCCUUUUUAGACUUCAUGUCAGACGAAGAAAAGAACAUAUAUGAUGAAAUAUAAGCCCAACCAGACCAGGACGUACGACGGAGAGGGUUUCAAGAGAAGAGCGGCGUGUUUGUGUUUUAGAAGCGAGAAGGAGGACGAGGUUCUGUUGGUGAGCAGCAGUCGACAUCCUGACCAAUGGAUUGUUCCAGGAGGAGGAGUGGAGCCCGACGAGGAGCCCUGUGGAGCAGCUGUUAGGGAGGUCUAUGAAGAGGCUGGUGUGAGGGGGAAACUGGGCCGAUUACUUGGAAUAUUUGAGCACAAUCAAGACAGAAAACACAGGACUUAUGUUUACACCCUUAUAGUGACAGAAACAUUGGAGGACUGGGAGGAUUCUGUCAACAUCGGAAGGAAGAGGAAAUGGUUUAAGGUUGAUGAAGCCAUCAAGGUGCUGCAGACCCACAAGCCAGUCCACGCAGAGUACCUCCACAGACUCACAGACAUCUGUAGUUCUACGCUGGGUCCUGCUAACAACGGCGACGCCCAGCAAUCUCGAGUGAUGGACAACAAAGUGCCUCACUACGUUGUUUGUUCCACACAAGGCUCGGACCUGUUCGAUAGAUAGAGCCUGCAACAGGAGGGGUGCUGGGAUCUCUGAAAAGGACUGAUUGUAUUUCCAAUGUGGCUUUUCAAAUGUACAAUAUCAACUUGUUGGAAAUUAAUAGAGAAUUGCACAAAGUGCAUUUUUCAGUUGUGAAAUAACUGAUCAAACAUGUUUUCCCUUAUAGCAUCCAGCUGGGAAUGGGUUCUCUUUGUGCUGCAUAUCGGAUGUAAAGAAUAUUGGAUAGGCAGGAUUCACAGAGUGUCUGAAAUUUCCUGGAGGUCGGUUCAGAGAAGUGUUGGCUUUUAAAGGAAGCUCUAUUCCCACACCGACUUAGAGCCAAAUAAUGAAGAGGAUUAGCCACAAGUGUGUGAAUAUUUUGGUACAGUUAUGUGCUUUUUGUGAGUGUUAAGCUCAUGUCACUCUUGAUCAUGGUGGGGGUUUGAGGGAGUUGGUUAAAGGUUUAAAGUCUGCUUUGAUUAAACAAGUGCAACCCUCCAAUCACAACUUAACAAUAAACACUAACAAACAACAAGGUUCUUAUUUCAUGUAAUUAUAUAGACACAAUAUUGUUGGAGUAAAUGUCAAAAUCUCAGAUAUGGUAAAUGGCCUGUAUUUGUAUAGCACCUUCAUAGGGUUCUACAAGCCCACCAAGGCGCUUCACAACACAAUCAGUGAUUCACCCAUUCACACACACAUUCACACACUGGUGGGGAUGAGCUACAAUGUAGCCACAGCUGCCCUGGGGCGCACUGACCGAAGCAAGGCUGCUGAGCGAUGCUGCUGAGCACUGGCACCACCAGUCCCUCCAACCACCACCAGCAGGCAAGGUGGGUUUAAGUGUCUUGCCCAAGGACGCAACAAUAGCUUUCUCUUGUCGGAGUCGGGAUUGAACUUGCAACCUUCUACUGGACAACCCGCUGUACCUCGAGCUACUGCUGUCCUUAUGUAGUUAAAUAGAAAUCACACAAACGAAUCCAUUGAUCUCAGUUCUUAUGUGGAGGACGUUACUAAGAUUUAUUUUUAUCAAUUAGACAUCAAUUUGACAGAUGUAUUAGUUAAGGCAUACCAAGUGACUUUUACAAACACUACAAUAAUUUAGUGAACACAACAUUUACUAAGGAGUACACCAUGCUGGAACAUGCACUUUUUAGAUUAAUAAAUCGUUUUAAUUUGAAUAAUAUUCAUUUAUUUUAAAUUUUGUCCACAUCACAGACAGAAAGCCGGCUAGUUCACAUUUUUUAAUAUGAGAAAAACAAUUAAUGCAAAAUGUUUGCCAACUAUUGUUUGACCGUAUUUUAUAAUUUCAUUUCGCAUGUAUGACUGGAAUAUUUACUUCUCUGUAUCAUGUUGUGUAUAUAAAUUGAUAUUUAAAUAAAGUUGUUUGAAUGUU